UAAAUUGUAGAUAUUAAAAAAUGGCUGAUCCACUUAGUGCAGCAGCAGCUGAAAGAGAACUGUUCGGAGACGAAGAUUUUGAAGACCUGUCUCCUUCGAGCGAUCAAUUAAAUAGCAUAAAUUUAGGAAGUGACGAUGGUAUCCCAUUGGAUUCAGAAAAUUCUACAACAGCAGACUUGUUAGAAGGCUCUGGAAUUAGGAAUUUGGAGUUGGAAGAUGAACAGAUGGAUAAUGAAACAAAGGACUUGUUUAUUGUUGUUGACAAUCCAGAGAAGCAUGUUACCACAAUGGAGUCAUAUAUUACGUUCAAGAUCACUACAAAGACCACAAGGUGUGACUUUGACAAUCACGAGUACAGUGUGAGAAGACGCUACAAUGAUUUCCUUUGGUUACGACAACGUCUGGAAGAAACUCAGCCUUCACAUCUUAUACCGCCAUUACCAGAAAAACACAGUCUUCGCAGGCUGGACAGAUUUAGCCCAGAAUUUCUCAAAAACAGAGAGAAGGCCUUGCAGAAGUUCAUGAGUCGACUAGAAGAUCACCCAGUGCUGUCGUUUAAUGAGCAUCUCAAAGUUUUUUUAACUGCAAAACAGUUUGAAUUCCAAGCAUAUAAAAAACAAGGUUCAGGAUUUAUCAGUCGAACUGCAGAUUCCCUUCGUAAUUUAAGUGCAUCAUAUAUGAUGAAGAACCGCAGCCCGGAGUUUACUAUGUUACAGGAAUACAUUCAGACAUUUGGUGAGAAACUUGGCACCAUGGACAGAAUUCAGCAGAGAUUAGUCAAAGAACAAAUGGAAUAUGUCACCGAGCUGAAUGAGAUAGGUCCAGUAUUUACACUUUGGUCUAAUUCUGAGGAUGAGCUCUCCACAGCACUGACAGCUGUGGCACAUUCCAUAGAGACCUGUUGUAAUGCAGUACAGGAGUCGGUUCUUACACAUUUGGGACAAGGCCUGUCUCUAGAGCACAUCAGUGAAACUGAAGGAGAAUUUGGCCAGUCUCUAAAGGAGUACAUUCUGUAUGUAGAGGCAGUGAAAGCAGUGUUAAGGAGACGGGAUGCCAUGCAGAUGGAGUAUGAACUAGCUGCAGAGGAACUACAGAAAAAAAAGGAUGAAAAAGAAGCUGUUAAGAUAUCAGACCCAUCUUUUUCCUUUGGCUCUCUUCUUGGGAAAGACCCCUCUGAAGUAAAACAAGGGAAAAGAGAGAAACUGGAACAGCAAAUAGAGGAGCUUGCCAAAGAGGUGGAGCGACUGAAUGACCGUACAGUGUGUGCAGACUCGGACCUGAAGGCAGACAUGGAGAGGUGGCACAAGUUCAAGAGGAAAGAUUUCAGAGACCUCUUUAUCAAAAUGGCUGACAAACAGAUUAGCUUCUAUGAAAAGUCAUUAAAAGCAUGGGAAGAUGCCAUUCCACUGAUACAGAACACAGAGCAAGAGACCAAGAAAGAGGAAGACUAGAUAUCAGGACCAAAUUAACUUGUACUUGUUGUGUGAUAUUAACUUGUUCUUGAUUGAUGUUUCAUUUAAUAGCAAAUGUUGCGAUGACCAUACCGUAACCCUUGAAAUGCAUAUAUUGUAUUUCGCUAAAUUCUGUUAACUGGAGAAAAGUGGAGACACACUUAUGAAAAUUAGUGAAAACUUCUGAAAACUAAAAACGUAAAACGACAUGGACGAGGGAGACCAUGUCGCUGAACUGAAUGAAAUGUCAGGGCAGAGUUUGAAUAUUUACCUGUAGGGCAAGUCAUAUGAUAGGUGAAGACAUCUCUCUACACACAUUGUCAAUACUUUGACCUACUCUGACAUAAAGCACAUGUUGCAGUUACAGCAAAGUUGAAACAAUAGGUGCAAAUGGCAUUUUUCACCUGCUGCUGUGAUGUUCAUGUGAAAAUGUAUUUUUCGGUGUGUGAAAUGGGGAAUCUGCUCAUUUUCUUGAUUUGCAUUGUUUCAAAAUAUAGAAAGUCUCAGCAACAGUGAUAAUCUGUUGCUAUGUCAACAAUAGUGCAUGAGAAAAAUGCAUGAAAGAUAAGUGCUUUUGAAUAUUACAGUUGACUGUGUGUCAUGAAAUAAGGGGCUCAUCAAAAGGUAGUGGUCUACUGAACAGUGUUACUUUUAUGCCAAACGUUUUCAAUACAUGCACUUUAUAGCUAAAGUGGUUUCAAAAAUUCAGAUAUGUAGCAAUGGUUAAAUGUUGCUCUCUCUUUGUCACUAUGGUUACAUUGUUUAAUUUUUCUUUAACUGGACUUCACUUUUCAAGUAUUUGCUUGAUAAGCCUUGCAUUAACCUUGUUUUAUCUUUUAUUCAAUCACCAAAUUUGGGCCUCAUCAGAUUAUGCAUGUGCUGGAAUUUGCAUGCGAUUCAAAUAACAGUAAUUUCUUCAAGACCUUUGGGAAUAACUCUUGUUUUUGCCUGCUGGAAUAAAAAGAAAUUUAUAAGUCCAUUUUGUUAUUAUAAUAAUGCCUUUUAAUUUUUAUAUUUGAUGUAAAAUAAAUUGGGCUGGACAAGAUAUCUAAAAGGUAUGUAUUGUUGAAACCCUAAGCAGAUAUAUAUUAAGAUGUUUUUAUAAGACAGGGUAAUUAUAUGAUCUCAUAUCAUGGUGCAGGCUUGACAAAAAAGGAUCCUUAGAUUUUUAAUGUGCAAUUUGUGAAAACUCGUUAAUUUGUUUUUGUAUUUUGAAUGUAAAUAAUGUGAAAUUCUAUUGAACAAUGUAUAUAAUAAAAUAAAGUGUAUGGAGGUCAUUGUGGUGACUGAAAUGUAAAAUAAUUUUGAACUCGAGUUGAAGACAGUAACCAGAUCUAAAAAUAUUUUGGUGUUUGUGUUAUGUGACCACUCUUUAAAACAAGAAUUGAAUCUUGUUGGUCUUAACUAUUAAGUCUUGUAGUUAACUUUUCAGGCUACAUGUAAUACACAACCAUUUCAUCAGUUACAGAGGUUUAUCAUGAACUACGUGUGUGCUAAUUCCAGAUUCACUGUUUGCUCAUUAACUGCACAGUUUCUGAGAAAUCUCUGACGGUGGUCUUCAAUAGAAAAUUGUCCGCAAAUGAUAAUUUGCAUCUAUUACUGUUAUGUUUAAUUAUGUGUUAAAAUUUUUCUGUGUGUUUGAUGGGGAAUUAUGAUAAUGACAUUAUAAAUUUUCAUGAAGGUCAUUCUGGUGUCAGGAAUAUUAAAGAAUAUUGAAUGUGAAUAAAAGGCUACAACUAAAUCUAUAACUGUUUCUAAAAACAAUGCUUUUGUCUUGUGUGACGACUCU